CCCUCCCCUUCUCUUCUUGCUCAUCCUUCUUCCUCCCUUUUCCUCCUCACCUCCUCGCUUUCCUUUCUCGUCCGUAACUUCACGCCAUCUCGCCUCUCCAAGUCAAUCCACCCUCCGAUUUGACUCCCCACGCGCGUCGUCGUCUUGUUUCAAUUCCCCACGCUCCACAUUCUCCCCCCGCCACCGCCGUCUGCAGCAUCUGGGAAAGCGCUGCUGAACGUGCCUUAGAGAGAGAGGAAAAAACCAUCAGCAUCGCAGCCUUGUGUUUGCCUUGCUUUCGGUGUUUUCGACCUGCCGCAGCGUCGUCCGUAUUGGACCUCUCUCCAUUUGUCUCCGCGGCGCCAUGUAUGCACGAAGAGCUGCUGCGAGGCUGCUGCCUCGGCAUUUCAACCCCUCACAGCAUGCAACCCCACCAACGCAUCAAUGGCCGCCACUACCAACACUAGCGCUGUCAGCAUCAUCGCCACCACUACCACCAACACCAGCGCUGUCAGCGUCAGCAUCAUCGGCACCACCACAUGCCCCCUCCGGCCUGCCUUUCUCUGCCACUGCAGCUUCCUCGUUGCUUCACCCCCAUCACCCACCUAUCCAACAACAACAACAACAGCAGCAGCUGCAGCAGCAGCAGCAGCAGAAGCAGGUUUACCAACACCGGUAUCGUCAAUUGCACUCCCUGCGCAAACACCAUCACCAGCACCAACAGCAGCUGCACGUCGUGCCACCUCAGCAUCACCACGUGCCACGUCAGCAGCUGCCACAUCAGCAGCAGCCCCGGCGGGCCAUGUUCAUCCAGACCCUCACGACGCCCAACCCCGCCUCCCUCAUGUUCCUCCCCGGCCGCCCCAUCCUCUCCUCCUCCUCUCCCUCCUCCCCUCCCACUUCGUCCUCCUCCUCUCCUCCAUCUCCCACUUCCGCUUCUUCGCCCGCCUCAUCAGAGGAUCAACCUUCAUCUCAGUCAUCCAUCGAGUUUUCUUCUGCCCGAGCUGCCCUGGCUUCUCCGCUGGCCAUUGCUCUAUUUCGCAUUGAUGGUGUUGCCCGUGUGUUCCUGGGGGGUGACUUUGUGACCGUGACUAAAACGGAGGAGAGCUCCUGGGAUACCCUCAAGCCAGAAGUUUUCGCUGCCCUGAUGGACUUUUUUGCCUCCGGGCAGCCGGUGCUGAACCCUCAGGCAGAGGCGGCAGUGGCUGCUGGAGAGCAACCACCUGCAGAGGACGAGAGUGAGACGGUGCUGAUGAUCCGGGAGCUGCUCGAGACACGCAUUCGCCCAGCCGUGCAGGAGGAUGGGGGCGACAUCGACUUUGUCGAGUUCGACGAAUCCUCUGGUAUCGUGUAUCUGCGUAUGAAGGGUGCCUGCAGUGGGUGUCCGAGCUCCUCUGUGACUCUAAAGAGCGGAGUGGAGAACAUGCUCAUGCACUACAUUCCAGAGGUCACCUCGGUGAAGGAGGUCAUAGAGGAGGCAGAUUGAGAGUGGUAUUACACGUUGGUUGCUUUUUGUUACAAAGACUUGUAGGUAUUUACCAUACUAGUGUUGUUGUCGGUAUAUGGCAUACCGUGGAAUGGAGUGGACGUGUCGCUCAAUAGCGGUGAAGGUUGAUUUGCAACAAGCUUAUGUCACGGAAGGAAUGGAUACGUGAUCUUGGAGGGGAGCAAGUGGAGUAUAGGAAGAGGCGUGCGUGAUGCUGCCUACAUCAGUACUAGUGUAAAGUGGGGUAGCAAGUUCUGGCUAGCACAUGGCAUUUCCACAGCAAGCCUUUUCUCUUGAUACUAUUGUAGGGGAUCUCUUUUUGGAAUUCAAAGUUGUACCCAUG